AUGUCCUGUCCCGCUUCGUCGAUUUACACUCACUAUGGUCAAGAUCCUACCAACCACCCAGACCAGAAAGAGCUAACUACCAUCGUUCAAAACCUGCAUACCCUCUCUUUGGGCCGUCUGGCAUUAGGUAGCGAUGGCGUUCUGCGCUCCCUCAACCUAGAAAAUGAAGUCGUCGAUGCUGUUGGACUACCGACUCGACUGAUCAAAGCGUUUAUGGAUCGCUUCCCAUACAACGAAGAACUCGAGGCCCGAUUUCACAAUUCUGAUGGGACCUCGGUACCUGAAGAGCAGUGGUGGGCACCAAAUGCAUUAAUAUUACCACACCAGUACACUGCUGAGCAGAAGGAUGCGGCUAGGAAAGAGCAUGAGGAGAAGAAGGAUAUCAUUGAGGAAAUAAAGCAAAAGAGGAAGAAUGGGGAGAUACAAGGAUGUGGUGUUGUUAUUCGGGCUGACUAUAGGAUCUGA